AAUGUCACUGUAUAAUUCUUGCUGUCAGUAUUUGCAAGGUAAUGGUAUUUGGGUCUGUACUGGUUAGACUUAAAUGAGUUAAACCAAGGUCUAUAGCCCUUGGGUCAUAGACUGUGAGCUAUAAGUAUAUUGGUCUUUUUAUACUGGGAAUCAGGAGUUAUUUUAGUGAUCAUCUAGUUUAUUAUUUUUGUCCUGAUUGUGCCCUGAGCAAUUUUAUGACUGAAUAAAAACAAAUAAAAUCAACAUAAAUUGAAAAAUCGUCCUAAAUAAUCGUGAUCUCAAUUUCAGUCACCAUAAUCGUGAUUAUUAUUUUUGCCAUAAUCGAGCAGCCCUAUUAACCAGUAAAUAACUGCACUCUCACACAACACGCCUGUGUCACUCACGCAACCUCCCUCUCAGCUGUCAACCUCCUCUAGGGAGGCACCGCAGAGCCGCUCAAACUCCAUUACCCAACAUCCCCAGCGCCAGGCUUCCGGUUCACGUCACCCGCCAAAUCUAUUUAAGGAAGUGCCGCACAACACCGACUCACGUCGGCAUCAACCAUCAAGCUUAACCAACCAGGUGCGAGGUCCGCACGGCUCCGCGCGGAAAAGUUUCGUCAUUUUAACAACCACGCCCCUCCACCGCGCCUCCGCACGGCCCAGAAUUUCCGCAACGCGCACCUCGGAAAAUUUCUAACCACGCGGAAAAACAUGGCGGACCAGCAAGAACUACUAUGGCAGAGAGGCCGCCCCCUCACUUCCAGACAGUCCAGGAGAAGAAGCCGGCAUAAGAGCAUUCCCAGGUCUGGUCACAGCCCAUGCCUUUUUUCAAGGAAUCAGGCUCGUGAUGGGACACGGACCAUACGCCAAACUGGUCGUAGUCUUCCUCUUUACCUCACUGGGUUUCAUGCUCCACACUGGGAUUCAGAAAUGACUUCCAGAAUAUUCUACUGGUCAUCAUGUAACAGAAACGACGUCUUGACGUGGGCCGCUGCUGUAAAAAGUGAGGCGCGAACCAGAAAAGCUUCUGCCGAUCACAAUUCAACAACGGAUUAUGAAAGAACAGAUAACGCUCGAAACACGCAGAUUCUUCCUGAUGUGAGAGAUAACCUGCUCCAGUACACCGUGUUGCCGUUCGGUUUGAGGAACGCCCCCGCUACUUUUCAGCGUUUUCAGCAAGAACUACUUCGUCUUCCUCCAACCAUGCAGGAAGAAUCACGCCCCUCCCAGAGACACCCUCUGUCGUGGCUGGAUGAUGAUGCAGAGAUGGUGGCUGCUUGUAAAUCUGUGGAAGACUCCCUCAUCUCAAAGCAACCAACAAUAGGAGCUGCAGCGACCAGGACGUCGCCAAAGGCUCCUGCUCUACAGCGGCUGUUGGUUCUCCUGCUCCUGCUGAUCCCUCUGCUUCUGAAUCCCCUGCUGGUCCGAUAGCUGCUUCUUCUGGCUCCACUACUCCUCCUGGUCCCUCUGCUGGCUUUUCUGCUGAUGUCCUGGACAAGGUUUUAAGGAACAGGACGGACCUUGCGAUGCCAGUCUCUCGGCCUGCUGCUACUCAGCCACAGCUUCAGCCCCAGGUGAAGCCUCAAUUUCAACCUCAGUCUCUGCUACAGCCUAGAAAACAGACUCCUGUGAGUUGUGAAACAGUUGUAGCCUCUUCCACCUCUACGCUAUCUGAAACCCCUUGGCACACAGUCAGGCCCAUUGUGCCUAAGCGGUCUCUGUUCAGUCCAGCUCCAGCCCUGCGUCGCUCCAGCCUUCUGCCAGUCUGGUGUUUCCUGAGGCCACUGCUACCUCGUCUCCAUCCCCAUCAUGGUCCAGGGACACGCUUUACAAGUGUAAACAGGAGCUUUCCUUCUUUGGGGAGGGAAAUAAAUCCAGGGUGCAAAACAA